AUUACGUACGCGCCCUUAAACCUUCCAGUGAAGGCUGAGAGGUUCAUAGGAAAUGGAUUCUGGGCAAUCUAAAGAAGAAGAUCUGCUCUCUCCAAGCUUCAGCUGCAGUUUCCCGGACGGAACUGACGGAUUCCGGCCAUCGCCGAAGGUUUUCCGGGGAAAGUGCCUGGUCUCGGGCCUUCCCUAACAAGUGUUGUUCUGUCUCACAAUCGUAUAGAUCAUCAGCUGCUGAUCAGAGGCAAAACAAAAGAAACAAUGACUUUCUUCCCAUAUCUACUCGAAGGACUGGCUAGAACUGUGUCGAUCAAGAGAUCCAGAAGUUACGGAAACGAUGUGGGGAGAGAGGCAGCGAUAGCCUUGGCAAAGGAAGCGAGGAGGAACGAGUUAGUGCUGAGCUCUACAGGAACCAUCAGGAAUAACAAGUCCAGCAAAUUCACCUCCGUUUGCUCCAAAAGAGGCAACAAAGGAAUCAACCAAGACAGCUUUGUCGUGUGGGAGGAUUAUGGAUUUCAAGAGGACAUGAUGUUUUGCGGGAUUUUCGAUGGUCAUGGUCCUUGGGGCCAUGUUGUAGCGAAACAGGUCCGGCAAUUACUGCCUUCUGCUUUGCUAUGCAAUUGGCAAGAAACUAUAGCUCUAAGAUCCCCCAGUGAGGAUCCUGAGGCGGAUUUCGAAAGCCUUAGUUGGUUCGAGAUCUGGAAGCAGUCUUACUUGAAAACAUAUGCUGCAAUGGACCUGGAGCUGAAGCAUAAUCGCAGAAUCGACUCGUAUCAUAGUGGAACAACUGCUUUGACUAUCGUAAAGCAGGGUGAUCAUCUUAUCAUUGCAAACAUUGGUGAUUGUCGGGCUGUCUUGGCUACUACUUCGGAUCACAGCUCGCUACUACCAAUUCAACUGACUGUUGAUUUUAAGCCUGAUUUACCCCAGGAAGCAGAGCGAAUAACGCAAUCAAGAGGAAAGGUAUCCAGUUCACAUGACGAACCCGGCGUGUAUCGGGUGUGGAACCCAAAUGGUGAGACGCCGGGAUUUGCGAUAUCGAGAGCCUUCGGCGACUAUUGCGUGAAAGAGUAUGGCCUAAUUUCCGUGCCUGACGUGACCCAUAGGAAGAUAAGCAGCCAAGACCAGUUUGUUAUCUUGGCAACAGAUGGGGUGUGGGAUGUAAUAUCGAACAAAGAAGCUGUCAGGAUUGUCAGCUCGGCCCCAGAUAGGGAGAAAUCCGCGAAGAGGCUCGUGGAAUGCGCCGCUCAGGAGUGGAAGCGCAAACGACGGGGCUUUGCGGUGGAUGAUAUCUCAGCUAUCUGCCUGUUCUUCGAUGCUGCAUGGACUCAAGCAGCGAACUAUAGCUUGAAGGUCACUAAAGAACUUAGUCCAUAGGACGGAUAGAUUGCUUGCUGGUUUUUGGCUUUUCCUUCCUCUGUAUAUAGUAUAAGCCUUCGUGUUCGGGGUCAUGUAUGCGUGUCGGAAAAAACAAUAGGUUUAACAAAAAGAAAAGAUUCAUGUUCACUCUCGA